UGUGUCUGUAUUGUAAUGCAGUACAAGUACAAGGAGGAAUACUCUGUGACCUGCAGGUGGUUGAUGGUUCAUGGUUGUGGAUCAGCUGAUCGUCACGUGACUCCGCCUCUUCCGCACACACACUCAGCUGAUCGGAGUCGGAGAAUCACGUUGUCGUGGUUUCAGCACGUCAACAACAGCUGUGGCUGUCUGAUGAUUCAUGUUCAGAAGACAACAACAACAACAACAACAACAACAACAACAUGCCGUCCAACAAAUCAGUGUCCGACGCUCCGAUCACACAGUUCAUCAACUGCAGAAUCCUGAGAGACCACAAGCUGCAGAGAGACGACCUGUGGGUGCGCGAGGGGAAGAUUUUAAAUCCUGAGAAGUUGUUCUUCGAUGAGCAAGGUUACGCUGACGAGCGCGUGGACUGUGAAGGAAGCAUCAUCGCCCCGGGCUUCAUCGACGUCCAGAUCAACGGUGGUCACGGCGUCGACUUCUCUCAGGCCUCGGACGAUGCCGGCAGCGGCGUUUCCUUCGUGGCUCAGAAGAUCCUGGAGCACGGCGUGACGUCCUUCUGUCCCACGCUCGUCACGUCUCCGGCUGACGUCUACCACAAGGUUCUGCCUCAGGUCAAAGUUCACGACGGAGGACGACACGGAGCCGGAGUCCUCGGUCUCCACCUCGAGGGCCCGUUCAUCAGCGUGGAGAAGAAAGGAGCGCACCCCGAGCAGUUCCUCCGAACCUUCCGCUCCGGAGCCGGAUCGCUCGACGACCUGAUGGAGGCCUACGGCAGCCUGGACAACGUCGCCAUGGUAACCCUGGCUCCGGAGCUGAGCGGCAGCCAAUCGGCGGUGAGGGAGCUCUGCCGGAGGGGCGUCGCCGUGUCGUUGGGUCACUCGGUGGCGAACCUGUCUCAGGCCGAGGACGCCGUCCGCAGCGGCGCCUCCUUCAUCACUCACCUCUUCAACGCCAUGUUGCCUUUCCACCACCGGGACCCGGGGAUCGUGGGCCUGCUGACCAGCGACCAGGUGCCCGCGGGCCGGACCGUCUACUACGGGAUGAUCGCUGACGGGAUCCACACCAACCCUGCGGCGCUGCGCAUCGCCCACAGAGCUCAUCCCUCAGGUUUGGUUCUGGUGACGGACGCCAUCGCGGCCAUGGGUCUCCCUCCCGGGCGCCACACUCUGGGUCAGCAGGUCAUCGAGAUCCAGGGUCUCCACGCCUACGUGGCAGGCACCAAGACGCUGAGCGGCAGCAUCGCCACCAUGGACGAGUGUGUGCGACACUUCAAACAGGCGUCAGGCUGCAGUGUAGAAGAAGCUCUCGAAGCAGCUUCGCUCCAUCCGGCUCAACUUCUCGGCGUCAGCCACAAGAAGGGAAACCUGGACUACGGUUCGGACGCAGACCUCACGUUACUGGACGACGGCCUCAACGUCAGAGCCACCUACAUCUCUGGAGAGGAGGUUUGGAGAAAAGGGUCGUAGACGGAGCGGCUGGAAAACCUCCGAGCCUCCGGAGGGCGCUGUUUCCCACGGAAACACAAACCGCCAGCGGACACGAAGUUCAUCUGUGGUUAAUGAGUUGUUGAGUGACGGGCGUCUGUGUGACGCUGCUGUCGCCGUGUCCGUCUGCGAGUUCUGGAACACAUCACUCCAGAAUUCACGUUUUCCUACGGAGGAUGAAUCUCACCUGUCACAUGACGACUGAAUUGCGUCUGGAUUAUUAUUUCCUUCUUCUGUAUUUUGUAUUUUUAUGUCAAAUUUUCUAUGGAAAAUCUUAAUCUGAGUUAAACUUUAUGAAUAAAAGGUGACUUGUUUUGAAACUU